AUGGACUUCUCCCUCCAAUCCCACGCGUCCUUCAUCGGUCGCCCAGCCAGCGACCUCCCAACCCCAUCUUUGAUCCUCAGCAAACCAGUGCUGGAGAAAAACAUCAACCGCUUACAACAAGAUGUACAAGAGCUAGGACUAUCCUUUCGUCCCCAUGUAAAGACAUUAAAGACCCUCGAAAUAACCCGCCUCAUGCUCGCCAACGGCCUCCACCGCGGCCUCAUCGCCUCCACCCUCAGCGAACUCCGCGGCGUGCUCCCCUUAGCAGAGGAGGGUAUUCUCAACGAGGCCCUCUACGGCCUCCCAAUCUACCCCUCCGCCCUCCCUCACCUGCACUCCAUGCGACAAUCCCACCCCAACCUCAACAUCCUCAUAAUGGUCGACUCACCCCAACACAUCCCCGUCAUCGAGGCAUUCAAUAAAUCUACCCCGAAUGUUCGUCCCUGGCCGGUCUUCAUCAAGUUAGACGUCGGAUCGCGUCGCGCAGGCGUGGACGUUUAUUCCCCCGACUCUGGGCCCGAGCUUGAAGAAUUAGUGAACGUCGUGGAGGAGAGUAGUGCGGUGGAAUUGUAUGGAUUUUACUGUCACGCGGGGCAUUCGUAUUCCUCAAAAGGCGAGGAAGAGGCGGGGAGGGUUUUGGGGAGUGAGGUUGGAGGUGUGUUGCGGGCUGUCAAGCUCAUUAAUAGUGAGGGUAAAGGGGAGAAGAAGAGGAAGAUUGUGCUCUCAAUUGGCUCAACUCCUACGGCGCAUGUUGUUCGCCAAGUUAAACAAUACCUAACUGCAGAGAGAAGCCUGAAUAGUGCCGUGGAUGUUGAUGUGGAAGUUCACGCUGGAAAUUACCCAACCAACGACCUCCAACAACUCAGCACAGAUCUAAUCACCCCGGCCGACUUGGCUGUCCGCGUGCUAGCCGAAGUAUGCAGCGUGUAUCCGCGUCGCAACGAGGCGCUGAUUAACGCCGGCACGGUGGCGCUCUCCAAGGAGACGAGCGCGGUACCGGGAUUCGGGAGGCUAGUCGACAAGCCCGAGUGGGGGGUGGUGAGGAUGUCGCAGGAGCAUGGGAUUUUGGGAUUAUUGAACGGAGAAUCAGAGGGUGAGGGGAAGAAAGUGGAUGAUGUGUUUCAUGUGGGACAGAAGGUCAUGUUGCAUUGUCAGCAUGCGUGUAUUACGGCGGCGCAGCAUUUCGUGUAUUAUGUUGUGGAUGGGGAGGAGGUGGUUCGGGAGACGGGUGAGGUGAAUGCUAUUGGUAAGAUAAUACCAUUGACAUCGAAGUGA